AAUAAUAAUCUUCACAGAAACAAAUUCCAAAAUCUGCAGAAAAUUACACGCACCGCGCCGCAACAAACACAGCUUAUCCUUCACUGCUCACUUCACGAAAAAACCUCAAAAAUUUCCACCAACACUGAAGUGAAGUAUAAGAAGAAUUAGUAACGGAAAUAACGCCGGUGGAAAUGGAAUCGACGGAAUCGUCUUACGUGUCGUCACCGGAGGCGGCUCCGCGUGAUAGAUCUCCGCCUCCGCCUAAAUCGCCUACUUCUGAUUCAGCUGAGAAGCCAACAUACAUUAGAUUUCUUGUUUCAAAUGCCGCAGCUGGUUCAGUGAUUGGAAAGGGUGGUGCCACAAUCACUGAUUUUCAGUCACAAUCCGGAGCAAGAAUUCAAUUGUCACGUAAUUUUGAAUUUUUUCCAGGAACAUCUGAUAGGAUAAUUUUGGUAUCGGGAAUCUAUGAUGAUGUAUUAAAGGGUGUGGAGCUUGUUAUUGAGAAACUACUUGGCGAGCUUCAUACUGAAGGUGGUGAUGAUGUUGAACCAAGAUUGAAAGUCAGACUAGUUGUUCCAAAUAGCUCUUGUGGUAGCAUAAUCGGAAAGGGAGGAUGUAUUAUAAAGUCAUUUAUUGAGGAGUCCCAAGCUGGCAUUAAGAUAUCUCCUCAGGAUAAUAAUUUUUAUGGGUUGAAUGAUAGGCUGGUGACUGUGACUGGAACAAUUGAGGAGCAGAUGCGGGCCAUUGAUCUCAUUUUGUCUAAAUUAUAUGAAGAUUCUCAUUACUCACAGACAAUGCAUGCUCCAUUAUCAUAUGCAGGAUAUAACAGUAACACUAUGAACUAUGGAGGAAAUGGAGCUGCUGGAAAGUAUCAGAAUAGCAAGGAGGACUCGAUGACGAUCGGUGUUGCAGACGAGCAUGUUGGAUUGAUUGUCGGUCGUGGUGGAAGGAACAUAAUGGAAAUAAGCCAGGUUAGUGGGGCCCGGAUUAAAAUAUCAGAUAGAGGGGAUUUCAUGUCCGGAACAAGUGAUAGGAAAAUCACAAUCACGGGGACGCCGAGAGCUAUUCAGUCUGCGGAGGGCAUGAUAAUGCAGAAGGUAGCCUAUGCUUCGGAGAGAGGGUCGGAAUAAGUUGUGAAGGAAGUUAAAAAAUUCUCGAUGAAAUGUUUUGGUGGAACUAGCAAUUUUUUAUUUAUAUAGUUUUGGUUAUAUUUGAAGUUGUCCAUAUACUUUAUCCAAAUUGAGCUGGUUAGCGAUUUCCAAAACUACUACAUGAAGAUCAAAAGGAUGGGAUUCUUUUUAUUAUAGAGUGAGAGAGAGGAGAUCUGUAGAAAACUAUUUGCAGUGUUAAAUGUUGUUUUUUUUUUUUCUGGGGAAAAGAAGUUGGAUUAGGGCAUAGGAGUAGUAGGAUUAGUUUCAUUUGUAUGGUGAUAGAUACAGUGUAAUCUCUAAGGUACCAAGUUUUGCAUUUGAUCUAUCUGUUCAUUGAUUCUUAUUAUGUUCUUGUCAUAAAAGUGUGGAUUUUACUGCUGGGGAA